AUGGAGCUCAGCAACGGGCAAGGAAAGUUUCCUCUAAUCGAUCUCACUAUAAGGGGACUCAAGCUGAUGCGUUUCUGGAACGAAUCCCCUGGAGAACCGUUUUCGAUGAUUGGUUUAAUCCUGGUGGCUUCAUACCCGAUCGCUUGGCUUAUUCCAAGCUGGCUGUUUAUAGUGAGCUCGCAAGACAAUCUCACGCUUCUAAUGAAGGCAGCCAAUGAGCAGAUUGUCUUUAUGGCCAUCUUUUUCAAACUGUGUGUAUUCGCAAUAAAUUUCCAUCGCUGGGAGCAGUUGUUUUACGAUCUACAACGUGCGUACAGCUCCGUUAUGGAUGAUCAGAGUCUCGACGUUCAAAGGAUUUUGGGGCAUGUGCAAAAGUCGUCAUACUUUCUGACGAAGGGUUAUACUUCCUUGCUAUGCUUCAACUGUGCUUUGUAUGGAGUGUUUCCAAUGUUGUUCGUAGCGGUGAAAUAUGCCAUAACAGGAUCGUACGAUACACCUUUAUCGACACCGAUCGAGGCAAAUUAUUUCAUUCCAGGUUAUCGCACCCACUUCUGGCUCUGGCUACCGCUUAAUGUUAUGCUCAAUGUUUUGCUAGAGUUUCAUGGCAUAGCUUUAUUCUUGAUAGAAUGUUUCACAUGGAAUCUGGUCCAUGCUACGUCCUGUUUGUUUAGAGUGCUACAAAUUCAGGCCCACGAGCUUUCGAACCAAAGUGAGCGUAAAGAUCAGUGGUGUGCCAAGUUUGAACGCUUCGUCACUACGCAUGAUUCCGUGUUGCGCUCAGCCCGAACACUCGAAGAAGUUUUGAGCUUUCAGAUGCUCUUUCUGUACAUGUCAACGGUAUUUGCACUCUGUCUAAUGGUGAUGGUACUGUCAUUGGCCUUCAAGGAUGUAUUUCUAUUGAUAGCAAUGAUCUGCGUUAUUGGGUACUGCCUUUUUCAAACCUUUUCCUUCUCUUACUUGGGUACCGAGCUGAUCGAGGCCAGUGGUUCCGUGACGGAUGCCAUUUUUCACAGCUCCUGGUAUAAUCAGAAUGUGAAAAGACAGAAGGAUCUUUGUUUCGUGCUGAUGCGAGCCAAAAGACCGGUUAAAUUAACUGCAGGACAGUUUUUCGUCGUAACGCGAGAUUCCUUUACAGAGAUGAUUAAGCAGGCAUAUACCAUAUUUACGCUGAUGUCUCAAUUUCUAGAAGAAAAUGAUAAUUAA